AUGAGAGUCGUCGCCAAGAAAGAUAGAGCUAGUAGUCUUGAUGACCUUUUGACCCCUCGCCCCCUUCCCUCCUCGUCUUUGUCAGUGGCGACAACCAUACGAAACAGCGUUGUACAGAUUCAGACUAUUACCGACAACUACCUGUUGCCGAGGCAACUGGAAAACAAACAACAUAGGGUGUUGACCUCUGGACCUGUGCGGAGGAGAAAGGAUCCCGUCCCUAUUCCAGUCCAGAACAGAACGGGGGAGCAAGAGCUGAUGGCUGCGAUGACAGAGGAAAUAUUGAACAAUGGUCAGCUUCGUCAACGCCAGGAACUAAACAACUACCGCUCACGACCAACAGAACCAAAACUGGACCACGGCAGACCAAAAAACGACAAAAGUUACACCAUACAAACCCAACUUGUACCAAAGAACAAAAAAGACAACCAAACGAUUUCACCACCUCGUCCAUCCCAGACCCACCAAAACAGAAAACUGACCAAAAUCGACCACAGAUUACCAAAUGGUAGUGACCAUUCGCUACAUAUGGUAAAGGACCUUGCUGCAAAGUUUGGUGGGAGUGAAGUCAAACGUGACACCAGUACCAAACCACAGUAG